AGACUGCUGACGAGACUGCUGACGAGACUGUUGACGAGACUGCUGACGAGACUGCUGACGAGACUGCUGACGAGACUGUUGACGAGACUGUUGACAAAAUGGACACUGGUGCGUCUGCCGCUCCAAUCACGAUAAAUACUUGGCGACAUUUUGUAACUGUGGUGAAUUGUGAUGAAAAGCGGUUCAUGUCCAUGUCCAUGUCCAUGUCCAUGUCCAUGUCCAUGUCCAUGUCCAUGUUCCCCUCCGGAUAACAUAUUAAUGUUCCUGCUAUGCUGGGAUGGGAAAGGUCGUCAAAGAUCAGACUGUGGUUAAACUGGACAGCUUCCACUGUGUGAAUGUGUGAAUGUGAUCUGGGCAUUGCUCAGCAGGCUCAUUGCGUGUUGACAAUCACAACUUUCUUUUUUAAGUUGAUACAAAAUAUGAGAAAUAAAAUCACACGUCUACAAUUCAUACAGAGAUUUAGAUUCACUGGGAAUGGUUCUAACGCGAUGGACAGGCGACUCUUCUGUCGGCUUAAUGUGUUUUUGAUUGCUGCUCUGUUGGAUGUGCUGAAUAUUUUUGGCUUUUAUUUGAUAGUGACAGUAGAGAUACAAACAGGAAGCGUGGAGAGGUAGAGCGGGGUUAACACGCUGAGAGGUCAAACACAAGGGCUGUGGUUAGGAGUCGUAACCACCAAGCCACCGGAUGUAGUGCACUUUUAAACUGUAGACUAUCCUUCCUAAACUCUGUGUUUGGGUCAGCUCUCCUCUAUAGGGACAUAACACACACACACACACACACACACACACACACACACACACACACACACACACAACAGAAGCGUGUUUUGUUGUCGUCUCGUUGAGGAUGUUCAAUGAUGGACUGACCACGUGGUUUGUGCAACAAAAAUAAAUCACGUAUGUUACUGAUACUGUUACUGACCUGGUUGAUGAUUGGCUGCUGGGGACCUGGUUGAUGAUUGGCUGGUAGCAAAGUUGUCGGCUCGCUUGUUUCUGAUCAGAUAUAACAAAUAUUAACUAACAUCAUCUUAUUUAGUGGCAACAUGUCAACAAACUGAUGAGUUAUUAAAGUUGGACAGUAGACUGACUGUAGCCAGCUUGGAGACUGAAGUCGUCGUUCAGGCGUUCUGCACAAGACGUGCUGGUGUCAAAGCUCAUAUGAAGCAGCCUCCGGGUUUAACGCAACAGCAUCAGUCAUGCAAAUCAGGUGGGAGGAGGAGGAGGAGGAGGAGGAGGAGGAGGAGACAGCGGCUCCACUUGCAUCCGCCCAGCUGGUCGAUGGAUGAUGAUCGAAGACGAGAACAAACAUCCACACAACGCUGCAGGUGGAAACAGAGCUGAAGAUGCCGAUGGUCUUCGGGAUACAACUGCUGCAGUGUGUCUUACAACUCAUGUUCAUUUCCCGGCCGAUCUUCCAGAGCUGCAUCUGCCUGGAGCGCUACCUGGCUGUAGUGCAUCCCACAGUUUUCCUCAGGUUCAAACCUCUCCGGUACAGGUUAGCCUGCUGUAUGGUGGAAUGGCUGCUGAUGCUGCUGUACUGCAUCAUACCUACCUUCACACUCUCAGUCAUACACGUAUUGUACCUGCUGGUCUCCAUGUCCCUGUUCUUCCUGGUGCUCAUGUUAUACUGCAGUGUCCACGUUCUCUGCGUGCUGAAGCAGCCGGGGCCUGGUGACGGGAGCAGAGGCCACGAGAGCCGGAAUGGCCUGAAGAGAAAGGCCUUCACGAUCAUCGUGAUCACCCUGGUGUUCACCAGCAUCAGCCACGUCCUCCGAGUCUUCAUCCUCAGCCCAACACUGUUGUUUGCAUCACAGCAGGUUGUUCACCUUAGUCAGCCUGUCCAUCAGCAUCGUCAGCGGGUUCAUCACCCCUCUGCUGUACCUCCUCAGACCUGGAAAACUGCCAUGCAUGGAGCUCUGAGUCGCUGAGUGUUUUUAUGACAGACAGCUUUAGCCUAACAGGUUGCUAAAGUAGCUAACCACUAAUUAGAUGCUGCUAACGGAAUCUACCGUUACCAAGCAACAGAAGUGGACCGGGUCGGAGCCUCCGAGACCAACAGCGAUUAACGUCACAGUACCGAGGUGAUUCACAGACUUUAUGAUGGAAACAUUGAUCAGCAGUGAAGCGCUAACUGUGUUCACUGUUAGACUGGACACUGCCGGUUCAGAGGUUCUGUUGCUGUGUUCACUAUUAGAGCUCUACUUCCCGUUUCAUGGAGACUUCAAAAUAAAGUUCUGUCUCAUAGAUACUGAGAUACAUAGCUUCUUCUAGGAUAUAAUACAUUUACGUAGCUCGGCUUUUUCUCUUCAAAGUUAUAAAUAAAUAUUUCUCCAGCUAAAACACACACUCAUUUUCCUAACAUGAUGAAGAGCAUUAUUCAUACCCUGAGCUGAAAUCAUGAAAAACCAAAUCAGCUGGGAGCUCUGACAUUCAGGCUGCAGCUUUAUGUAACACAUCUAAAACUCGUAUGAGUUUAUAUCUGGAGAAAAAAGUGUGCGGACACUUCACAGGAACGAAAACGCUGCGAAAUGAAAAGAAGCUGCUUUGAUUGUUGAGGUCAAACAGAGAGCAGCAGGUUCAGGCAACUAUCACACACACACACAGCAUACAUGCAUCCUGCUGCACACACACACACACACACACACACACCAUCCUCCUCUCCUUGAUGUUGCAGUAACAUGGUGUAACAGCCGGCCUGCAUGGCUCCCAUGGGUGCUGGUUAGUCGACUUAAUGGACUGCCACAGCUAGCUUCAAAGACGCGGAGGGUGAAGAAGAAUAAAGAGUGAUGGGGAGGAAGAGGAGGCGGGAAAAAGCUGCAGGAGCAGAGAGAGGAACACGGGAGAAGUCGUGGCCUGAGCCGUGAUGGAGAGUUGAUGGAGGAUGUCUCUGCUGCAGCGUCGUCGUUUUUGACGGCUGAUUUGUUAAAAACAUGUUUACGGAACCCUUAGCUUAGCAUCUGUAGCUCCUGCCUCGUGCGUUACAUCAUCAUGUUGACUUCAUCCUCAUAGAACCCGGCCAGCUCCGCCGAGGUCCGGUUCAGAAGCGGGCCUGGGAAGCCAGACACAGCACAGAGAGUCUGCUGGAUUUUCAAAAUAAAACACCCCGUAAAAACAGACAAAAGAGAAACAAAUGAGGUGCGUAGCAUGUUUCCAAUGUAGAAGCAUGUUUAAAGAACAUGAACCAGGAAAAUGACCAAACGCUCUGAAACACUCCCGGUGGUUUGAAGUCGAUGCAGGACGGACGACGGAGACGUGACGGAGACAAGACGGAGACGUGACGGAGACGUGACGGAGACGUGACGGAGACAAGACGGAGACGUGACGGAGACGUGACGGAGACGUGACGGAGACGUGUCCAGUGGAGUUUCUGGGUUAGCGGUACAAACAUUAAAUAACAGUCAGAGAGGACAGCGUGGACGUGUUUGUGUCUUCAGGCUGAGGACGUUCAGCUCGAUGAUGAUGGACGAGUAUCAAACUGUUCCUGUUUCCUGUUUCCUGUUUCCUGUUUGUCAUUCACAAACAACCGAAAAAUAAAACGUGAAGAUCGACAAUGUGUUUGACCUGUGUGUGUGUGUGUGUGUGUGUGUGUGUGUGUGUGUGUGUGUGUGUGUGUGUGUGUGUGUGUGUGUGUGUGUGAUGACCAUAUGGAUGUAAUGAUACCCUGCCUAACAAGCAGAUAGGAUUACACACACACACACAUGCAUGUAAUCAUACUGUUACACUUGUAUGCACGCAUGCACAAACACACACACACAUCAAACACACACACACACACAUUGUAUAUCAGUGUGUGUGUGUGUGUGUAAUCCUAUAUGCUUGUUAGGCAGAUGUCAAUCUUUUUCCCUGUGAUUGUCAGUGUAACUUCCAGUUGAUACAGAAAUCAGCUGUAGUCGUUUAUUCUACACACACACACACACACACACACACACACACACACACACAGUAACUCGUUUAGCACUGGUUGACUUCCUGCACAGUGUGUCAUGUUUGAUGUUUAAAUUAAAACCAUCGAUCAGAGUUUGGCUCUUAUUAAAGUUUCCCCCCUGGAGAUGAAGGGUGUGUGUGUGUGUGUGUGUGUGUGUGUGUGUGUGUGUGUGAAUCACAAAUUAUUUCCAAUGAUGCAAAUAAAAACACAGGUUGAAGGUUUGUCCUGGAGGUGGAGACAGAGUGACCUUGAUAAUAACUGGAGGUGUCACAUUAACGGCGUCACCUGUCGUCAGAGUCUCGGUUUGUGUCACAGAGAGAGAGAGCGGUGGCUGAGCGACAUCGACUGUGAAUGAGGACAGUGAGAGUGUGUGAUGUCAUAAUCAGAUACUCGGUGUUCACGUCCCCGCGGUGCGUCUUCAAUAAACUUUGUCUGCCGUCACAGAGACGUCCUCCUUCACCUCAGCUGCAGGUCACUGAGACCUGAACACGGGUCAGGACGACCCGGACCCACAAUGUGGUCUGUCUGUCUGUCUGUCUGUCUGUCUGUCUGUCUGUCUGUCUGCUGUCUGUCUGU